GGGGCAAGGACUUUGGAGAGGAGGUCAGAGAGCGCGGAGUUGUGACUGCAGCUGUUGCCAUGGUAACCGGGGGACCGGAUGUGGCGGCCUCAGGGUGCGACAGGCCGCUCGCUUGCCGCCGGAGGCCCGAAGUCCGGCCAGUGCCUCCCGGUAACGCGGCGGAGGUGCUUUUCCACGUGCGCGAGUGAGCAGGGGCUACACCGGGGAAGCAAAGCCUCCCGCUGCGCGGCAGACCGAGCGAGGCCCCAGGUUGGAGGAUGCUGCCGCGGAUCCACAACCCGCCGGAAGUGGCAUGGCGAAAGCCUCGGUCUCCCGGCCCACCGCCCACCCGGAAGCGGAAACAAACCUAGUGUGCCCCUUCCUCACUGCCCUCCAAAUCCUACUGCAGCCAUUGCCGCAGCCACGAUGCCUAAACGAAAGAAGCAGAAUCAGCAGCAGCAGCCGCCGCAGCAUCCCGCACUGUCCGACCGGGAAGAGCCCGGAGACGAAGAGGACGAGAGUCGCCUUGGACCACCCAGCCUUCUGGGCCCUCCCCCCAUGGCUAAUGGAAAGCCUGGUGACCCCAAGUCAGCUCUUCACAGGGGUCCUCCAGGAUCAAGGGGACCAAUGAUUCCACCACUGCUGAGUCUCCCACCUCCUCCACGGGGUAGAGGCCCUAUUCGAGGAGGUCUUGGUCCUAGAGCUAGCCCAUAUGGUCGUGGUUGGUGGGGUGUCAAUACUGAGCCUCCUUUUCCUGGGCCAGGCCAUGGGGGUCCCUCUAGGGAAAGCUUUUACAAAGAGCCAAGAAAUCCACGAAGGCUCAAAAGCUGGUCUCUUGUCAAGAACACCUGCCCACCUCCGGACAUUCCCCCGGUGAUGGAAGACAAAUCUGACCGCCCUGUCUGCCGACACUUUUCUAAAAAGGGCCACUGUCGAUAUGAAGACCAUUGUGCCUUCUACCAUCCAGGCGUCAAUGGCCCUCCUCUGUGAGACUGUGCCUUCCCACACAGGCUGACCUUGUGGCCCCAUCAUAGCUACUUGAAGGUUCUCCUAUCACCUUCAGUCAGCGACAUGUCCACCCCAUUCAUCACCUCCCCCGUUUGGGGUCCAGAGUUUGGUUGUCACUGGUGUGCGGUGUGCACUGUCUUCUGAUCCAGGCUCCAGACCUUUGGGACCCCGUCUUGCUCCCUUCCACUGCCUCCUGGAUCUUCCCCUCUGUCAAGUGACUGCUGAACAGGAAACCUUUGGUGCUGUUUCUUGUGCAUCUGUUGGCCUGUCCCCCAGUAUUGCCCUCGGUUCCCAAGGACCCUGGAGCAGCCUGCAGUCCUUUGAUGGGAAGCCCCAGUGUUUGCAGCUGCCCAGGAAGCGCACCAGGUUGUCUGGCCUUGGGGUCAGGUUUGAGUGACUGGUCCAGGCUUGCUCCCCGAACAGUCUACCCCUGCUUUUGGACGUCCUAGCUUCUUGUUGGUAGCAUGAGCCCCACCGCUAAGGCCUGUGGUCACUGUGCUUUGUGAAACUGUGCAUCCCUUGUCGCCUUCCUCAGUGUCUGUGGCAUUUUUGUGCUUUCCCCACACUAGAUAAAUUUUUCUGCCAAAUGGAGCGAGGCUCUUGGUGCCCUCCAGAUUCCACCUACCUCCCAGCGUGGGAGAACGUGAGACUUUUCCUGUCGUGCCCUCUCCCCUGGUGUCAGUUAUUCUGGGUCUGACACAGCCAGGGAUGUCCUGCCUCCCCACCCAGCUCCUGCCUGUCUCAUUUUAGUUGGGCCCUAUCAUUGUGGGACCACCAGCCCUUUCAUUUGAACUCUGUGACUCUCCCCCUGGACAGUGGGUACUGUCCCCUCUGACCCUCCUCUCUGACGUCCCUGACACUGGUUGUUUUCUGUGAAAACGGCAGUGAACAUGCUGGGUUUUGAGCUGGCCCUGAGGAGGUGGGCAGGAGGUGGAGAGUUACUGGAGAACUAAGAGUGACUUUUUCUUCUUUUUAAUGUUUUUUUAUAUUAGUAAUAAACACAGUGGAAACCG